UGAACUCGACCCUACACAAUCACAACUUCUAGGGCUGAUAUAGGUAGAUCUUCUUCUUCUUCCUCACACCAACACGCACAAACCCACCUUAAUCGAAGAAAGAGACUCCAAAUGGCUCCACCUCCUGGUCCUUAUUCCGGAACCAGCACCCUUGCCUUGGUGGCUCGUGUUUCUGCAUUCUCUAUGGGACUUGUUUACGGAAGCAUGAAGCUCAAGUAUCUCAAGGCAAAGGCUAAAUCUCAUAAGAAGGCCGAAGCAAAGGCAAUGGCACAUCACUGAAGGAGAGAUGCUCUGUUUUUUUGGUUUCUGAUAAAAAAUAAUGCAUGAUGAUAUAACUAUACCAGUGUUUAAUAUUGGCCUAAAGUAUUUGUGGACCAUGGUUCUCUACUUGUAGCUCUGCAACUUUUUUUUUGGAGAAUUAUAUAUCUCAUUUCAUGAGGUCGUUCCAAUUUUUUUAGGUUUGGAUUCA